AUGAGCGCAAGUACGGGAACUCCAGGCUACGUGCCAGUCGCAGAAUGGCCAACUCUAGAGGAGCUUGCCGUUGGGUAUGGCGAGCACCGCAUGGAGAAAUCCAAUAAACUGUUUGGAAAAUCAUUCGAGCAUGCAUUUGAUAACGGGUAUCGAAUCUCCCACCUCAUCUCCGACGACAAGAAUCUCACAUGGCAGAUCGUGGAUGGGGGAAAUCAACCUGACCACACGGGCCUGAAGGGCGAAGCGGAAUACGACGCAUUCGAAGUACGCCCUAACGUCUUUUUCAUAGACUUCUACAAACCAGCGUAUGAGGAACAAGUGAGCCUGGUUCUUGAUAUCAUCACUGGCCAGGCGGUGGUAGGAGUCUCCGGGUUUACUGGCGCCGCUGGGGAGCGAAGAACGUGGACCAAGUUCACGAAUGCUACCACAAGCGGCAACACUCCUGUUGAGGCGUAUCAACCUACGGACGAGUUGAUCGGCAAGCACAUACUGUACCGCUAUACCCCUCGGGACGCAUAUGAGCAUGUUUACCUGAACCAGGGUACUUUGGCCUGGCACUGCUUAGCUGGAAUAGAAAAGGGGUUGGCUGAUGCUGAGGAGUGCAAGAUGCUGAAACUGGGAGAAUCUCUGUAUCUUCUGUUCUGGACCGAGACCAUUAUGCCCGUGGAGUCGGUGGUGGUGGUUGACCUUGAGAAGAUGCGAUCCACGGGACGUUUCUUCUGCUGGGAUCCAAAGCCACAGCGGAUGGUUCGCAUGAGCUUCGGAUCAUUCGCUACGAUUCUUGCGGAAGCCAAUUCAGCCGGCAUACUUUCUCAGCCAGCGAAGCCAUCAAGACUGUAA